AAGAAGUAAAACUCGCCAGCCAACACCAAAGCAAAACUGAACGUUUGAUUUUGAAGAAAACCAUCGCCCUCAAUUAACAACAAACACAUCAAGAGGCAUUAUAAUAUUUAGAAGAGAGAAAUUGAUAAAUUUUGAAUGAAAGACAUGGCCGUUUCGAGUAGUGUUACUAACAAACAAGAACAACAACUUCACUCUAGUACUCCCUCAACAACAUGUCAUCAAGGAAUAAGAAGAUAUAUUGUUCCUACUCCUACUGGGAAUCAUCCUCAGCAAAAGGCCUUAACAAAUCAUAAGAAGCAUCAUAGAAAGCAUCAUCAUCGCCAUCAUCGUAAUAAUAAUGAGGCAACCAAAGCACCUUCAAUCUUAGACAAUCAACAAGAAUCGAGAAUGGUCUUACCCGAUAUUCAUCAUCGAAGAAGAAUAGUGCCCUAUUUAAAUAUCUAUAACAUUAAGGAAGAAGAAGAUAUAGUACAGCAACAGCAGCAAGUUCUUCCACCAAAUGUUCAACCUCCACUCACUGACAGAGCAAUCUAUGAAAGAAUGGAAGAAAAGCUUAAAAAGAAGAAGCGAAUGGUUGCUCAGAGUGUGGAUUAUACUUCUCUGAGGAAACAUUAUGCCUCAAUGGAAGCUCCUUCAAUAAGGAGUGAUCCACCAGUUCACGAAGAAUUCAUGAUGGAGAGUGUUCCGUUGGUUGUUAACAAUUCUGAUGCCAUUCACAAACAUCUCUAUCACGCACAAAGAAAGGAACGAAAACUAGAAAAGAAAAAGCUGUUGAAACCAACUCCUCCAGUUGAGGUUGAAGAGAAUGAAGAGGAGAAUGAACCAAUGGUUAUUAACAGAAUGUUUGUCAGAGGAAUUUUUGGAGUUCACUAA